AUGGGCAAGCACAAGAUAGGCAAGCAUAAGGUUGGGAAGCAUAAGCAAGCACAAGAUAGGCAAGCACAUAGUAGACAAGUACAAAGUAAACAAGCACAAGGUAGACAAGCAAAUAGUGGGCAAGCACAAG